AGGGAUUAUUAUGAAAUCUUUAGACUUCAUGCUGACAGCCAUCUGAGUGAGAAGAGACGGCGGCAAUGGAUCUGGCUGUGGCCCUGGUGCUCUGCCUCUGCUCUCUGCUUCUCCUCUCACUCUGGAAACAGAGCUCUGGGAGAGGGAAGCUCCCGCCGGGCCCCACUCCUCUCCCGAUUCUUGGAAACAUCCUACAGUUAGAUGUUAAGGACAUCAGCAAAUCUUUAAAUAAUCUCUCAAAAGUCUACGGCCCUGUGUUCACUCUGUAUUUUGGCAUGAAGCCCAUGGUGGUCUUGCAUGGGUAUGAAGCAGUAAAGGAAGCUCUGAUUGAUCUGGGAGAGGAGUUUUCUGGAAGAGGCCGCCUCCCAGUGAAUGAAAAAGUUAGAAAAGGACAUGGAAUCCUUUUCAGCAAUGGCAAGAGAUGGAAGGAGACCCGGCGCUUCUCCCUCAUGACCCUGCGGAAUUUGGGGAUGGGGAAGAGGACCAUUGAGGACCGAGUUCAAGAGGAAGCGCGUUGCCUUGUGGAGGAGUUGAGAAAAACCAAUGGGUUGCCCUGUGAUCCCACUUUCAUCCUGGGCUGUGCUCCCUGCAAUGUGAUCUGCUCCAUUAUUUUCCAGAACCGUUUUGAGUAUAAAGAUCAGUUUUUUCUAGAUAUGAUGAAAAUGUUUAAUGAAAACGCCAGAAUUCUAAGCUCUCCAUGGCUGCAGGUCUGCAAUACUUUCCCUGUUCUCAUUGAUUAUCUCCCAGGGAGCCAUAACAAAUUCCUUAAAAACUGUGCUAAUUUAAAGAGUUAUAUUUUUGAGAAAACAAGAGAACACCAAACAUCCCUGGACAUUAACAAUCCUCGGGAUUUUAUUGAUUGUUUCCUAAUCAAGAUGGAGCAGGAAAAGGACAAUCAAGAACUUGUGUAUACGGCUGAAAACUUGGCAAACACUAUAUUGGAUUUGUUUGCAGCUGGGACAGAAACAACAAGCACCACACUGAGAUAUGGGCUCCUCCUCCUGCUGAAACACCCUGAGGUCACAGCUAAGGUCCAGGAAGAGAUUGACCGUGUCAUUGGCAGACACCGGAGCCCCUGCAUGCAGGACAAGAGCCACAUGCCCUACAUGGACGCUGUGGUCCAUGAGAUCCAGAGAUAUGUUAACCUGGUCCCCACCAGUAUACCUCAUGCAGUGACCCAGGACAUUAACUUCAGAAACUACCUCAUCCCCAAGGGCACGGAUAUAUUAACAUCACUGACUUCUGUGCUACGUGAUGACAAAGAAUUCCCCAACCCUGAGGUAUUUGAUCCUGGCCACUUCCUGGAUGAGAGUGGCAACUUUAGAAAGAGUGACUAUUUCAUGGCUUUCUCUACAGGAAAACGUGUUUGUUUGGGGAAGGGCCUGGCCCGCGUGGAGCUGUUUUUAUUUCUGAUCACAAUUUUACAAAAAUUUACCUUGAAAUCUGUGGUUGACCCAAAGGACCUCGACAUCACCCCAGUUGUCAAUGGGUUAGCUUCUCUGCCACCUUUCUACCGGCUCUGUUUCAUUCCUGUGUAAGGAAUGUUAGAUCAUCUGGCUUCUUCACUGAUGUUGUCUUUUUUUUUUUUUUUUUUUUUUUUUUUUUUAGUUGGAGGCUAAUUACUUCACAACAUUUCAGUGGGUUUUGUCAUACAUUGAUAAGAAUCAGCCAUAGAUUUACACGUAUUCCCCAUCCCGAUCCCCCCUCCCACCUCCCUCUCCACCCGAUUCCUCUGGGUCUUCCCAGUGCACCAGGCCCGAGCACUUGUCUCAUGCAUCCCACCUGGGCUGGUGAUCUGUUUCACCAUAGAUAGUAUACAUGCUGUUCUUUUGAAACAUCCCACCCUCACCUUCUCCCACAGAGUUCAAAAGUCUGUUCUGUAUUUCUGUGUCUCUUUUACUGUUUUGCAUAUAGGGUUAUCGUUACCAUCUUUCUAGAUUCCAUAUAUAUGUGUUAGUAUGUUGUAAUGUUCUUUAUCUUUCUGGCUUACUUCACUCUGUAUAAUGGGCUCAAUCAAAAAAAUGGGCCAAAGAACUAAACAGACAUUUCUCCAAAGAAGACUUACAGAUGGCUAACAAACACAUGAAAAGAUGCUCAACAUCACUCAUUAUUAGAGAAAUGCAAAUCAAAACCACAAUGAGGUACCAUUACACGCCAGUCAGGAUGGCUGCUAUCCAAAAGUCUACAAGCAAUAAAUGCUGGAGAGGGUGUGGAGAAAAGGGAACCCUCUUACACUGUUGGUGGGAAUGCAAACUAGUACAGCCACUAUGGAAAACAGUGUGGGGAUUUCUUAGAAAACUGGAAAUAGAACUGCCAUAUGACCCAGCAUUCCCACUUCUGGGCAUACACACUGAGGAAACCAGAUCUGAAAGAGACACAUGCACCCCAAUGUUCAUCGCAGCACUGUUUAUAAUAGCCAGGACAUGGAAGCAACCUAGAUGCCCAUCAGCAGAUGAAUGGAUAAGGAAGCUGUGGUACAUAUACACCAUGGAAUAUUACUCAGCCGUUAAAAAGAAUUCAUUUGAAUCAGUCCUAAUGAGAUGGAUGAAACUGGAGCCCAUUAUACAGAGUGAUGUUGUCUUCAACUCCCUCUCAUCUGCAGCAUUGUUCACCUGCUUCCCCUCAUCUUUCCUGAGAGUGCCUGCUCUGACCUCUCUUCAUUCAUUGUGCAAUUUCACUGCAGAAGUGUAUCUGCUCUUCUUAAUACUCUGUAACAUCUGUAUUGGCUUCCAGAUAAUGCACAUAAUUAUCUGAUGUUGAGUAGUUCCACAUGCAUAGGACUAUAUACUCCAUCAAAAUAAAACAAGAUUAUUACUCUCUGUACAACACAGAGCUAUUUCUGCUAUGCCUGUUCCUAAUAAAACACAUA